UCAAAGUGGCUCUCACGUUCCCUCGAAACAAGAACAAUUGACGGUCAGCUGCCAGCGUGGCAAGUCCAAAAGUCCGCAGGAAUCCCUUUUACCCACCACUUGCCGCCUUCUCAUUGGACCACUCCCUGUUUCUCUCUUCCUCUCCUUUACACUCCCAAAAAGAAAACAUAAAAAAAAAAACUAAUAAAAAAAGCAGCCUUCUUGCUGUCCUCACUCCCCUAUAAUAUUUUUCCUUUCCCUUCUCAUUUCCAUUAACAAAUCAAAAAAAAAAAAAAAAGAAGAAAAAUAAUCGUCGAUUGGAGCAAGUAUUAGAUUGAUAUAGUAAAGAUGUCACCAACUGAAUCAUCACGAGAGGAAAAUGUUUACAUGGCCAAGUUGGCUGAGCAGGCCGAACGCUAUGAGGAAAUGGUGGAGUUCAUGGAGAAAGUUGCAAAAACUGUCGAUGUUGAGGAGCUGACUGUUGAGGAACGGAACCUCCUCUCUGUGGCUUACAAAAAUGUGAUUGGGGCUAGGAGGGCUUCAUGGAGGAUCAUUUCUUCCAUUGAGCAGAAGGAAGAGAGCAGAGGAAAUGAGGAUCAUGUUGCAAUCAUAAAGGAGUAUAGGGGCAAGAUUGAAGCUGAGCUCAGCAAGAUCUGUGAUGGGAUCUUGAGCCUGCUUGAAUCUCACCUCAUCCCUUCAGCUUCAUCUGCUGAGUCCAAGGUGUUUUACCUUAAGAUGAAGGGUGAUUAUCAUAGGUAUCUUGCUGAGUUUAAGACUGGUGCUGAGAGGAAGGAAGCUGCUGAGAGCACUUUGUUGGCUUACAAAUCUGCUCAGGAUAUUGCUCUUGCUGAACUUGCUCCUACUCACCCAAUUAGGCUAGGACUUGCUCUUAACUUCUCUGUUUUCUACUAUGAAAUCCUCAACUCACCUGAUCGUGCCUGCAAUCUUGCAAAACAGGCUUUUGAUGAGGCUAUUUCUGAGUUGGAUACAUUGGGUGAGGAAUCUUACAAGGAUAGUACUUUGAUCAUGCAACUUCUCCGUGACAAUCUGACCCUUUGGACAUCUGACAUCACGGAUGAAGCUGGAGAUGAGAUCAAGGAAGCUUCAAAACCUGAGUCAGGCGAGGGAAAGCAGUGAUGAGCUAAGUUCAUAGGGUCUUUACUCUUCUGUACUUUAUCUUCAAGAUUUACAUAGAUGCAAUGUGGGUUGUUGUAGAAGGUUCUUUUGUUAUGCAUUCAUCGGCACCUGGAGUUGAAAUGUUCCAAAGGAUUAUAUGUGUGCUUUUACUAUUGGACAAGAAGAAUUUGGUUUGGUUUUCAUGUGGUAUAUGCUAAAAUAGUGCGUUUUCCAAUCUAGUUUACCAUGUUAGUUGCUUUUGUAUUUUUCUUUGAAUUUUAAUUUCUUCCUAUUUUGGAUAUUUUAUCCGUGAUUCAGUCAUUUGCCAAGUGAUUUUUAAUCCACUGAAGCUGGAAAGUGUUUUGUUUUGACCUGUUUUGUUUAUUAAAAGCAUAUUCAGUAA